AUGAGUGGAGUUUUACAAUGUCCCGGUCAAGUGUUUGAGGUUUUUAGAAGGCGAGCUGAGACUGCGGUGAACGAAGGAAGUGGAUUGAACACCAAGAUUAGCCGCAUAUCGAAUGCAGCAGAAAUUGCACGCGAUAUGGAUUUAGAUUUCGACGAAUUUGAUGACGAUGUUGAAUUUUCAGCUGAAUUGUCGAAAGCAAACUCACAGCAAAGCAGUGGAACGAGAGCAGCAUUGUCAUAUGAGAGUGAUGAAUCGGUGAUCAGCGAAAAGGAAUUUCGUCGUGCACUGGAUCGUUUCUAUACACAAACACAAAAUGAGAAUGUCUGCGAGGCGGAUAUUGGUGAAUAUGAGCCAGCUGAGAGUGACUUCGAGCGAUUACUCGAGGAGAUCGGAAUGCAGAGACGUUCGCAUAAGGAAAGCGGCAAGAUAUCCACGUAUAUUGGUAAACAUUCUAAGAGAGCAACAUUUUUGCGUUUAUUCGAAGCCGAUCUUGAAGAUGAUAAUAAAACACUCGUUUAUUUGUCACCAACAGUUAGUGAAAAGGGGCAAAUGGAUACUUUGAUUCGAGCGAUGCUAUUGACCAAAAAUGCGCAAACGUCAGUUUUUGAGAUGAUCAUGAAAAAAACUGAGUAUUUUGCAAAGGAUGCGACAGGUGAUAAAGGGUCGAGCGAUCGAAUGGCGUUGGCUUGUAUUGCACAGAUUCGUUAUUUAGACGUGAUUUAUGAGCCGAAAUUAUUGUUCAAUUCGAUUUUUGAUAGGAGUGUGGAGGAGUGGCGUUGCACACCUCGCGAUACACUCAUCCAAGCUCUUCCUGAGAUUAUUUCGAACGUAUCACUUCAGCAAGAUGCUGCCGAAAAUUUACGUCAAAUGUUCCUGAAGAAUAUCUCGGACCAUUCAUAUGCGUAUCGAAUUUCGAUUUUACGAACAUUAACAAUUCUUCGAACCGAUAUCGAGCUUAGUGAUAAGAUUCGUGCGCAAUUUAUUCGCAGCGCAAUGAGCGUAGAGGCAACGGUACUACCCGAGCUGGUUGGCUAUUGUUUGAGUACAAUUCAAAGGGACGACAAGAGAUCGACCUUCAAGAACGUCUUAUGUGCACUACGUGCUAAUUUACAUAUCGAUAAACUCAGAUUGCCAUCUAAUCCUGCUGCACUACCAGAUGCAAGAAAGGUCGCCUCUAUUGACGCAAUACUAGCAGAAGUAUUUGUUCAAAUUUCGAAGUAUUGCAAGUACGGAGGUGUGAAAUUCUGGAAGCAAGCUGCGCAGGUGGUCGACGUGAGGAGCGCUGUUGAGGACGGAGCAGUUGACGGCAGUGACUGCACUCAAGGAGACGCAGUUGAUUAUUUAGACGAGGCGGUUGAUCGAGAUACAAAGGAAUUGGAAUUAUUCGACGUAUUGUUGUGCUUUUGUUUGGUGGACGUCAAAGGUGGUUGUGACCGUUUGAUGCAGUCCGCCUUCAGACAUCAGCUUUCGCUCUUGAAACACCGAUUACAGCUAUUCGAAGAGAUCACUGAAAAAGCGAUUGCUUUCAAACAGAUUCUCAAUCAAAUAACUGCUCAUUUAACUGACGUUGACUGCGAAGCAACUGCCGCACUGAACGUGUUACAAAACUUAGUCGAAAAUCAUGUGGAUAUUGUGUUGCCGUUUAUGGUGCAAUUGCAGGAGAUAUUCAAUUUGCUGUCUGUUUUUUCGACCGAAAACGUUCGACGUCUCUUUCAAAUUCUCAUCGUUUUACAUGUUGCCAAUAAAGAGAGCAGCACUUCCUCACAGUAUCAGGACGAAUUCGAAACGGAAAUCGAACGGAUGCUUUCGUCACCGUAUGCACGUGAAAAUGUUUGGGGUGUUUUGGGUAUGCUAAUGAAAUUACAAGUUCAUAUACGACAAAAACGUACAGAAACAAAGAUAAUAAGUGAAACGUUGGAUGGUUUGGAUAGAGCGACCAGAGGUAAUAGUGAUGUUCGUGCCGUGUUCUACUCGAAUUUAGCACGACUGCUGGAUGAGAAUCCGAGAAUGGAGCGAAGUGAAGCGUUGAUAGACUACAGUGAACGGUUACGCACUGAAUUUCGUGAGACAUUCUUUGAGCAACGUGGCAGAGAGGAGAUUUCAUCGAACCGCUUAGAAGAUGAACGCUACACGCGUUCAGAAUGUUGCGAAUGGCUGAAAUUGGGUGAACUGGUAAGCGGUGAGGGGCAUCAUCAGUUAUUGACAGUGGAGAAUGAAGAUAGUGGCUCGAUGAGGAAGGGGUCAACAAUAGCUGAGUUGUUGUCGUUAUUCGAAUUGUUGCGUGCGUUUGCUAAACAUCGUCGACGCUGGGAGGGUGAUGAUAGCCAAGAGGCAUUCUUUAAUCACUGGAAUCGUUUCAUGUUCGCGUUUGGUGUGGAUCUGGAGGCGAAAGAAAAUGAACGACGUGUGAUAAACUGCGAUAUUUUUUGUUAUGCAAUUCAGUGGAUACGUUUGAUGCUGAACACUUUUGCGGAAUGUGAACUAACAGCACCAGAUGAGCAUCAAAUAAUCGUCGAAAUAAUGCGUAAAAAAUUCGCUCUGAUGGUCGAAUGUCAAAAAAGUUUGAUUUACACAAUAAAAAAAGUGGGAGAAUAUGCAUUACCGCAUCUAGCAACUAACGCUGGUCAUAAAAUUAUCGUUCAUGGGGAUGGUGCACAAAUUCUACGAAAACAAACGACUGGUGAUAAACGAGCGCAAGAGAUUAUUGUGAGCGAUGAAUCGAUUCCGAACAAUAAUAUUGGAGAUGAAGAUGGUGAAAAAGACGAUGCAAAUAAGGAAAACAGGGAAGAAAGUGUUGCUGCAAACAAUAACAAUAAUAAUAAUAAGGAAGAGGGAAAUAAAAAUUCGAGAAAAAGAAAAUUAAAUAGAGGUUCAGUGGAUGUGAGUCGUGUGCUCAGCUAUUUCUCACCAUUUCGUUUGGUUUCAAUUGUGAAGCUUAUUCAAAAGAGUUUGUUGAAAGCUAAAACAAAUGUUCGUUUUUUGCAGUUAAUUCCACGAAAGCGUAAACAAACGACGUUUUUGGUAGAGAUUUUGCAGAAAAUAAUUGAUAUUGAAUUGCCCGUAAAAGAAAAGAAACUGGCGUCGUGGAUGACGGUAUGUUCAAUAUGCAUAUUCGCUUUUAUGAGUAACUGCGAGAUUCCGAUCGGUGAAAGAGCAGUUGAUCACGGAGAUAUGAAGAGAGUUUGGCGAUUAUUGAUUGAUGUGAUACCGACGUUAUGUGAAGUGCUCGAUGGUGCUGUGCAGUAUUUUCGUUCGUUUGCGAAUGACACUAAUGGUGAUGAUGUGCUUGAUGAUAAAACGAAACGUGAAUAUUUCAAUCAAAUGUCCGCAUUGUUGUGUGCAACGUUAACGGUAUUCAGGCAACUCUUCAAAUGCAAAGAGUUAUCGACGAUCGAGUUGGACGAACGAACGAAUCGUGUCAGAUACGAGCGAAGGAAGAGUGUGAUGGUGCAAAUUGAAAAGACGUUGAUUCGUCUGAAUGUCCUUCAAGAGGACGUUGCUAACGAGGACGCAGAGGCAUCGGUUUCGAACUAUCUAAUGGAAAUUUCGAGCCACAUACCAACACUGCAAUGUGCAGUUGUCUUAUCGGAAUUGUUCACCUCAAUUCAGUCAAGCACUGAACAUCAGCGUCUUUCGAUGGCACGUAUCGCGCUGUCAUUUUUACGUAAGGAAUGGACUGAUGAAGAUGGUAAUAUGUUAAAGGGCGUUGAGUUGCAUAAACCUAUUGGAACUCUGCUCUUUUUGUAUAUUUGCUUGAGAAGAGAAUCAAAACGUUUGUUGGCAGUUCAAUGGAUAAUAGCGAAUAAAUUAGCUGAAUUGAUACCAGAUGAUGAGAAAAGACGUAGUAAAAUAAAUUCGUUGGAAGAGUGCAUCGAUGAUGAGUUAACAAAUGACGAACAAUCCGCACAUUUCGCUUCUUUUACCAGAGGUUCAUUUGCGAGCUUAUACAAAGUGUUAUUUGGUAGUGUGAAUGAAACAAUAAAAGUAUUGCGAAUGAAUAAUAUUGAACGGAGUGGAAUGAACUUAGAUGGUUGUUUGUUGCAAUGGAAAUGUGCAGCGAGUUGCUUUUGCUUAUUAUCGUUGAUGAUUCGAGUGAAGGAUUUACGUAACUCGAGUGUGUUGCUGUGUGCAGCUCGUGAAGGUCGUGUAUUCUUACAGAAUUUCUCAUCGAAAGGCUCAUUCUUACACUUGUUGAAUGCUGAAAGACGGUUUGCAAAAUAUGCAGCUGGUGCUAAUUCGGUGAUGAAGACCGUACAAAUCGGCAAUCGUUCACUGCAAAAUAUUUGUGUUUAUGCGAAGACAAGUAAGUGUAUCGCGUUGUUAAAGUUAUUGCCCGAAUUGCGCGCAGCCUCAGAGAUGUUCAUUCGUGCAGUUCACUCAGUGAUGGUCGGUGUGGAAUGUGAUGAUGCUUUUCAAAUUGGUCUUUUGAAAAGUCGAAACCUGGAUGUUAUGACGAUCGAUGACGGUGAAGAUGAUACUGAUGGUGACGAGGAGAGUGCGGGUGGAGACGUAGUGGAUGGAGGCGAGACAGUAACUGAUUCGGAAGUUGGUGAUAGGAGGGAAACUGCUCGCGAAAGCGGAAGUGAGAUUGGUGACCUAGAGGAAGGCGAAGGUGAUGGUGUUAACGACGAGCAGGUUCGCUUCUUAUUUGUUCAUUCAUGA